AUGUCCACCGACAUCCCGUUGUUUGAAGGUUUCGUCGACACCACUAUGGACGCCCUGCGGCUCAUCGAGGCAGCGCGCCGGGGAUCGAUACCCCGGGUCACCCGACGGCUGAACGACUUCGAGCGGAGAACGAUGAUCAAGAGCGGAGCGGUGUUCAUAUUCAGCGUCGAGGAAAGCGGCAUCAAACGCUGGACGGAAGGCCUAGCGUGGUCCCAGUCCCGGAUAUCCGGAAACUUCCUGCUCUACCGGGAAGUCGCGGAUCGGAGCGCACGUACCGCUCACCACUUCGCGGACCUGCCAGGGUAUUCCCCCGCCGGGCAUAUGCCGGAGCCGCACCUGAGCUACAAACCGCGGGGUUUGAUUAAGAAGACGAUCACGGUCAAGAUUGACGGCUCCGACUACCACCUCAUCUCCUAUUACACCCAGGAGGAUCUAGCUGCCGGCCUUUUACGAAGGCCCACAAGCCGUCCAGAUCUCAUGUCGAUUGAAAUACCGCCGGAGCUCACGCGGUCGACGAACUUUCGUUACCCGCCCAACCUUGAGGAAGCCCACGACGUGAGCACGGGGAAUUCCCAUAGAAGUGACAGAGAUGCGAUAGAUAAUCAACCAAUCCACGCACCUGGCCCACACUCGCCGCCCAGCCUACACGGCGGUGUCCCGUCCUCUCCAGUGGGCGAGGACUCCUCGGGGAUGCCACACGGGCACUUCGCACGUCAUAGCGGCGACCCGUCCAGCUACUACUACCAUGGCCAGACGCGCUUGGGCUCGCUCGACACCGCUCUCGGCGGCGGCUCUCCCCACGCGCAGCCCGCAGUCUCGCCGCUCGUCGUUCCAGCCCAGCACCGAACACACCCUUAUGCGCGCAGAAAUGGGGGUCCGGCCUCACCAACUUCUUGGCACGCCUCCCCAUACGACACGAUGACAGCAUCGACGGCCGCGCCGGCGAUGUACCCUAACACCACCUACUCUGGCGCCGGCCACCUCAGUCCCACGUACGACGAGCGACGCGGGAGCAGCUGGACUUCGCACGCCGUAAUACAGUCCGCCAUGCAGCCGGACGCCCAUCGGAGCAUCGCUGAAGGAGGAUCCGAUGGGAGUCCUACCGCAACGUCGUCGUGGUCUCCCACAGGCUCACCCAUUCACGGUCCGUCGCUCGCAUCUGCCCCACCUGUCCCCUUCUCCACGGCAGCGAACUUGCCAGGAGGCCGAGGAAGGGACCACUUGCGGACACGCUCCUACCCUUCCAUGCAGUGGCAGUACGACCAGGCAAGCGCGCUCCCGCAUUCAUCUCAGGGGCAUCACCACCCGGUUCCCGCGUACCCCAUAGAACGCGGGCCCCCAGCGGGGAGCCUCGAACAUUACCAGCGAUACGGCGGCGGAGAUGCGGGACAUUCCGGCCGAUAG